GACACCAGGGGGCGAUAGAGACGUUUGGGCUUGCCUUUAGGGAAGUCAAACAAUGGGGGCGUCAUUUUUUCCACAGUCAAACAAAAAGCACACUGGUUGGAAGUGAACUGAAAUGUAAAAGACUAAUAACACCAGGAGGGGGCAGUAAGCGGAAACUGUGGAUACCAAUUGAAGCAAAACACUGAAGAAGAAGCGGCGGACUCGUUGUUCUGCUUGAAAAUGUCAGUGGAUACAGAGGAAACUCACCAGAGGUUAAAAGCUGCAGUUCAUUAUACAGUGGGUCGUCUCUGCCAGAAGAUCGGUGAAGACCACCGGAGACCGUUCAGCCGACAAGCUAUAGCGGCAAUAGCCGAGACGACAUUCAGACAGUGUGAUAUAUUUGCAAAAGACCUGGAGGCUUUUGCAAGGCAUGCUAAAAGAAGCACAGUGUCUGUAGAUGAUGUGAAACUUGUAGCCCGCCGCAGUACUGCUUUGUCCAUCCACAUACAAAAUAAAAGUGACGAACUGACCCAGGAGCACAUGAGUUUAAAAAAGAAGACUACUGCAAAGAGAAAGAACACAGAAACUGAGGAGGAAAGCAGAGAAUAAGGACAGGACACAGGCAAGCCUGCGGUAUCUGACUUGAGCCCAAUCAAUCAAAUAAACAUGAAGACUGA